AUGCCUCUUCUGGCCAGCAUCGUGGGCCUGGCAGGCCUUCUCUUCUGGACAGGCCACACAGUGGGGGCCUUUAGGAUGCCCAACACCACACUGGUCCUGGGCCGACCCAAGAACAUAGCUGUGUGGCCCCUGUCUGGCUUGGGGGUGCCCCGGUACCGCCGGAAACGCCAUAUCUCUGCCCGGGACAUGAGUGCCUUGCUGGAUUAUCACAACCACAUCCGGGCCAGCGUACACCCACCUGCUGCCAACAUGGAGUAUAUGGUUUGGGAUGAACAGCUGGCCAGGUCUGCUGAAGCCUGGGCCACCCAGUGCAUCUGGGCCCAUGGACCCUCACAGCUGAUGAAGUACGUGGGCCAGAACCUGUCUAUCCAUUCUGGCCGGUACCGUUCAGUGGUAGAUCUCGUGAAGUCUUGGUCUGAGGAAAAACGUUAUUACUCGUUCCCAACUCCAAAGGAUUGUGCCCCACACUGCCCCUGGCUCUGCAGCGGUCCUGUGUGCUCCCACUAUACCCAGAUGGUGUGGGCUUCCUCCAGUCGGCUGGGCUGCGCUCUGCACACCUGUAGCAGCAUCAAUGUGUGGGGCAGCACCUGGCAGCAGGCUGUGUACCUGGUCUGCAACUAUGCCAUCAAGGGCAACUGGAUCGGGGAGGCGCCCUACAAGACUGGGAAGCCGUGUUCUGCUUGUCCCCCCAGUUACCAAGGCAACUGCAACAGCAACAUGUGCUUUUCUGGGCUCAAAUCCAACAGGCUCCCAUGGAUCUGAACUAGCCCAAUGUUUUGGUGCCCCUGGCUA